AGAAUUUCCCCCAAACUCAUCGUUCUCUUAGCCAUCUUUACCUUCUUUAUUUUCCACAGCGAAUCUCAUGGCUUCUCUAGGAUUCUAUCGCUGCUAGGGUCCAAGCGGCUUAAGCAUGAGAAGAUGAGCCACCUUCACUUCUACUUCCAUGACAUCAUUGGUGGUCGUAACCCAACUGCCAUUAGGGUUGCUGAAGCACCAUCAACUAAAACAUCAGAAACAGUUUUUGGUGCUGUGGUGAUGAUGGAUGACCCGUUAACAGAGAACCCAGAAGCUACUUCGAAGCUGGUAGGAAGAGCUCAGGGGAUCUACAGUUUCGCAUCACAGAGUGAGGUGGCUUUCUUAAUGAACCUUAAUUUUGUUUUCAUGGAAGGGAAGUACAAUGGGAGCACACUUAGUAUAUUAGGGAGAAACGCAGUGUUCUCAGAUGUUAGAGAAAUGCCAGUGGUCGGAGGGAGUGGGAUUUUCCGGUUCGCUCGGGGCUAUGCUCUGGCCAAGACUCACUCCUUGGAUAACACAACCGCAGUGGUUGAGUAUAAUGUCUAUGUCAUCCACUACUGAUAUAUCUAUCCAUUGAUGCUCUACAUU